AUGGCGGCUAUUAAAUCCGAUCAUAAAGUACACGGCCAUAGCCAGGUUGAGUCGGGGUCAACGAGCUUGCAUCCAUCAGGCCCUUAUGGUACAUUCGUUGGAAUCUACGACGGUCAUGGUGGUGGUCCCAAUGCUUCCGAGUUUAUAAAAAACCAGCUAUUUGAAAUUGUGAAAAGAUUAACGUCGGAUCUUGGAGAAAUGUCAAGUGAUGUUCUUGAUUUAUCAUUUUUGGCAGUAGAUGAACAGUAUACUCACUUGGUUCAGAAUGAAUCUGUAGCUUUCCCAAAUUUAUUAUCUGCGGGGUCGAGCUGUUUGGUGGGCAUCGUAAUAGGAGGACGGGUAUACGUUGCAAAUGUCGGGGAUUCUAGGGCGGUCUUGGCGCAACUGCCUAGGCCUAAACCACCCGUCCAAUUGGUCCGGGAGCAAGUGGCUAGGCUCAAACGAAAGGUCCAAGAGUCUAGGCAAAAACAACGCAUCCCAUCAAUCAGGCCACCAUACUCCCCACCCCUAGAGCUCAGACCACUCGUCCAUUCGCAUCUGGAUUACUAUCCAUAUAGGCGGCCCAUGCUCAAGCGACACAUCCAAGCCAUCCCAUUAUUGACUGACCACUGCGCAAAUCUGCCAUAUGUCCGGCGGGAGUUAAUGGAGCUGCAUCCUCACGAUCCCAGGAUUUCGGAAUAUGAUCACCCUAAUGACAUCUACCGUGUCAAGGGCAUCCUUCUGUUCUCUUCCUAGAUCACAAAUUGAUCAGUGGCGGCAGAUGCAGCCAUCUCUCCCUAAAAGCUUAUGAAGUUAGCAGCAGCCAGCAACAUACAGGUGAAGCUAGCACCAGCCAACUCCAUACCGGCGAAGCUAGCAGCAGUAGUACCGAUGGAGCUAGUCACAGGAGCCAGCCCCAUAUUGGUGAAGCUAGCACCAGCCAGCCCCCUACCGUCAUCACCAAGUCCCAAACCUGGCCGCUUCUCAAGAAGAAGAUACGAGACUCACUAUUGAAUUCGCAUUUUUCUUUCCUCAAACUUGAUAUAAGUACAAGUUAGUGAUUAUGGCAUAACUGAGUGGCAUAUGAAACUGAGCAUAUUCUGUAAUAGUUACAACUUACUGCCCUAUUACCAUAUGGAUUUUCUGCUGGUUG